GUUAGUGAUAGGUUGUUGCAUUGGUAGAUUGACAGAGCACGUGAAAUAUAAGAAACUCGAAUUCUAAGUAUAUCUACUAUUAAAACAGCGUUAAAAGGCAAUCAAACAACAGUAACCGGUUGACAGUAUCUUUUGAAAAACUAUUACCAAUUGCGAGAUCUUAUGUAUUCCAGUCUUUUUUAUAAUAAUUUAUUUCAUAGAUUUUUUGUCUUCGAAGGGACAUUAAACAGGAUUGACAUGUAUAUUAUGAAUAUCCAAAGUAUUACAUGGAUUUAUAAGACGUUCUGUUUAGAUUAGAUAGACCUGGAAUUUUUCAAUAGGACAAUGGCAGUUAUAUUUUCCAUCAUUCUUAUUGGAACCUUACAAGUAUUAUCACAUUGCUCUAACAUCGACAGACACACGUUUCAACUGUUCAAAAAGAAAAGAUGUGGCGCAGAUACCAUUCUUGGGAGUUUUAGCAACAUUCGCUCGCAGACGAUCUGUCUUGGGAAGUGUGCAGUUUUGGCUGAAUGCGCAGGAGUAAAUUAUGAGAAAAGUUCAACUACUUGUGAGUUGAUUCCUUCGAGUGAGAUAACUUGUUCAUAUACGGCAGACACGGGUUGGAAUCAUGGAUAUAAACGUCAGCAUAAUCAAGACUGCCGAGCAUUGUGGGAAAAUAACUUUACGCAAGAUGGCGUUUAUGUCAUAAGACCAGAUCCAAACCAAUCAGCGUUCAAUGCUUAUUGUGACAUGCAAGAUGGCGGAUGGACUGUUAUUCAAAGACGUUAUGAUGGGAGUGUCGAAUUUCACAACCAAAAUUGGACUGAAUAUAAAAAUGGUUUUGGGAAUGUUUCCACUGAGCAUUGGUUGGGAAAUGACCUCAUUCAUCUCAUUACAGAAUCGGCAAAUUAUGACAUCAAAUUUGAUCUGAUGACUCCAGACAAUGUUUGGCACCAUGCGACAUACUCUAAUUUCUCAAUACUAGACGAAGCCGCGGAUUAUGAACUAUCUAUUGGGCCGUCAAUAGGUGGCACCACAGACGGCAUUGGGGCUUCUGGCUCUAACCAGGAACUUAACGGAAUGAAGUUUUCUACAGUUGAUGUGGACAAUGACUUGUUAAUGGGAAUGUGUGCAAAAAAUUAUGGUGGCGCAGGCUGGUGGUAUCACUCGUGCACAGCUGUAAAUCUAAAUGGUAGAUACAGCACGGAUGGUGUCUACUAUGGGGAUGAGCAUGCCAUUAAAUGGAGAACUCUUGCUUCGUCAUACACUGGUGAAUCGUUAAUGGCUACCACCAUGAAAGUGAAAAGAAAGGCAUAGAAAAUGCAAGUAUUCCCCGGGGGGGGGGGGGUACUACUGUAUGAAAACCACGUACAGAUGAAGGCUAGGAAAGUGCAAAGGAAAGAAUGAUCUCUAUCAACUCAUGUUACUAGUCUAAUAUAAAGAAAUUAAGAAUAAAAAGAAAAAUUUGAAAUUACAUGUAUGUCGCUUCAUAUAUA